AUGGCUUCCAGACAGCAGGGAGAGAGUUGGACCAAGGAGGUAAUCUGUCCCAUUUGUCUGGAUUUCUUCACCGAUCCGGUUUCACUGGAUUGUGCACACAACUUCUGCCGCUCCUGUAUCACCCAGAGUUGGGAAAAGCAGGAGAUAAACUCCUGCCCAGAAUGUAGACAGGAGUUUCCGGACAGAACCCUCAGAGGCAGCUGGGCCUUAGCAAAUCUGGCCGAGAAAGCUCGAACAUUAAAUCUGAAUCCACAAGAGAAGGAAAGUAAUCAUCACUGUGAGGAACAUCAGGAAGAACUGAAGCUGUUUUGUGAAACUGACAAGAAAUUGAUCUGUCUGGUUUGUAGAGAUUCCCGGGAACACAGGGAGCACCGCUUCAUCCCGGUUAAAGAAGCUGUUGGAAUCUACAAGGAUCGGGUGAAAUCUUCUUUGGAAUCUCUCACAGAAAAGAAAUCAGCGGCUCUAGAAAUGGAGCGGCAGCAGGAACAGAAGAUUUCCCAAAUUCAGGAGGAAUCCAGCAGCCUGCAGACCCACAUCAAAUCCGAGUUCACUAAAAUGCACCAGAUGCUGACUGAGAAAGAGCAGAGUUUACUCCGAGAUCUCAGGGAACAAGAGGAAAACAUUCUCAAAGCAAUGGAGAAAAAUCUUUGUAAAAUUCAAGAGAAUUUAAACACUCUUCAACAGAAACUCUCAAAAUUGGACAAACAGUUGGAACAAAAAGACAGUGUGGAAUUUCUGAAGGAGCAAACAUCUCGGAGGAGGAGAAUUAGUGAUGACCUUAAUGUGCUCUCAAUAACAGACGGUAUCCUCUCCACUCAAACAUUCUGCAGCCUCUUUCCUUUUCUUGUAUGGAAAGAAAUGCAGGAAGCCACUCAACCUGUCUCAGUGACCCUGAAUGUGGAAACUGUGAAUCCACGGCUUGAGGUGUCUGAGGAUCUGAGGAGUUUGAGGUGGACUGGGACCCAGAGGAGUCUCCCUGACACUGAGAAGAGGUUUACAAACUGUCCCUGUGCCCUGGGGUCAGAGGGAUUCACAUUAGGGAAACACUACUGGGUCGUGGAGGUGGAGGGGAAUCGGUACUGGAGUCUGUGAGGAGCCUCAGAAUCUGUGGAGAGGAAGAAAUUGGUCAGUCUGAGCCCAGAGAAUGGAUUCUGGACCAUUGGGCAGAUUGAGGGUCAGUUUAAUAUAAACUUCCACCCUCUAUUCCCUCUUCCUGUCAGUCAGAUCCCCAGGAAGGUGGGAGUUUAUCUCAGUUAUGAAUCUGGGACAGUUUCUUUUUACAAUGUAGAC